AUGUCUUCCGAUGAAUCGUUCAACAAGCGUCUUGUCCCUUUCAAGUAUGAGCUGUAUCCGUUGGGCGCGAUUAAGCCGAAUGGAUGGUUCAGGGAUCAACUCCGACUCAGCGCUAAAGGCCUCGGUGGUAAUCUGUUCCACUUCUAUCGCUUCGUCAAAGAGAGCACUUGGCUUGGAGGGACAUGGGAGUACACCCCCUUGAAUGAGGCAGCACCGUACUGGUACAACUAUAUUGUACCCCUCGCAUAUACUCUGGAUAGAGAUUGCGACCCUGAGCUGUUUUUGGAAAUCAAGAAGCAGGCCAAUUACUUCGUGGACUACACGCUCAAACAUCAAGCGGAAGAUGGGUGGCUAGGGCCAGAGCAAACGGCGCAUACUCGUGGAAUUUGGGCGCGAUGUCUUCUUCUCCAAGGACUGAUGAACCAUGCUAUUGCAGAUUCUUCAAGGCGUACUGUUAUUCUUGAAGCUAUCUUUCGGUUUGUGCGGUUGGUUCACAGCAUGCUGCAAAAUAAUCAUCAAGGUUACAUACCACAAGAAGACGAUGUGUUCGACUUGCAACUAUUUGGAGUUGCACGAGCUCACGAGCUGGCACUUACACUUCAGUGGCUCUAUGAACAAACCAAUGACUUCGAAGACCGGCGGAUCAUAUGGGAGGUCAUGGAUAUGAUGUGGGAAGGAUCUCGUAUUGCGGAGAGAGAUUGGACGAAGUUCUUCGGUGAAGACUUUCCUCAAACCCCUUCAGUGAGGCACAAGUCGUUGAAUUUCAAGCAUGGUGUCAAUGUUGCUCAAGGCCUCAGAUACCCAGCCCAUCUAUAUCGUAUGGAACCAUCGGAAGAGCUUGCAUCUCUUUGCAGAGAUGCCGUCAGUAAGACCUUCCAGUUCCACGGCACAGCCGCAGGUUCCAUCAGUAGCGAUGAGUAUAUCGGAGGUCUUUCUCCUCAGCGUGGCUCUGAGUUGUGCUGUUCGGUCGAACUUAUGUUUUCUCUCUCUUAUCUUUUCCAGCUCUUCGGGGACAACCACUUCGCGGACAUGGUUGACUCUGCAGCGUUUAAUGCUAUUCCAGCCGGUAUUAGUGCGGAUUGGUGGAGCCAUCAGUAUAUCACACAAGUCAAUCAGCCAUGGGCUCGGGAGCUUGAAGUGCCUGAAGGCGAGAAGACGCCGUUUUAUGACGUUUGUCGCUACGCUAAUGUUUUCGGCCUUGAGCCUGAAUUCCCAUGUUGUACAGUCAACCACCCAACCGCCUAUCCAAAGUUUCUGAUGAACGCAUUUCUGUGCAAGAGAACCACUGAAGGAUCGCCUUCAAUUGUCCAUGCAUUCUUGAUCCCAUCCAGACUGGAAUUUGAUGGGAUUAGCAUCAAUUGCGAGUCGAACUACCCCUUCGUUCCUUGCGCACUACACUAUACCAUCACAACCGACAAACCUUUUGAGUUUCUGAUCCGUGUCCCAGCUUGGGCGUCCACAUUUUCAACGAUUGAGUUCAAAGAAUCAUCAUCAAAGUCUCCUCCCAAAAUACAACGAUUUGUAACAAACACAGAAAAUCUAGCUGAGAAUCUUCAUGGCGUAAACAUACCCGAAAAGGGCAAAUUUGAGGUGUUUGUCACCAUUGGCGCCGAAGUUCAGAUUAAGAAGCACGAGAACAACUCCGUCAGCAUACACUGCGGGCCUCUGCUUUAUGCAUUUGAAAUCGACUUCAAGACUAAGUCUAGACUACCGCGUAACUAUAAAGACCAGUCUUCCGACUGCGCUGAGGUUGCGGCUGUGGGCACUUGUGAAGAUCAGGCCUGGAUGAGGCAAGCAUGCGACCACGACUAUCUCCCUGAAUCAAACUGGAACAUUGCUGUCGACCCAACAAAAGGAAUUAAUGCUAUCAUCAAAGAGCAGAAGCAUCCUUGGUCUGAUACUGAAGGAACUGAGAGGGAAGUCGGAGGCCUUCCUGACCCGAUCUGGAGUUCGGGAGCUUCUCCUGUGCACCUUGAGGUGACAGCCGCUUGGGUCAACUGGCCUACCCAGAACGGAACAGCAGCAGACCCUCAUGAAGUGGAGAGAAAUUUUCAGGGUGAGCCAUUCAAAGCCAAGUUGGUACCGUAUGGGACUGCAAAGCUUCAUAUAGCCCAGUUCCCUGUCGUGGAGACAUAG